AUCACAACUGAAACUGAACUUCUUCAGCAACAAAUUGGUAGCGUUCAGAACCAUUUACCAUGUAUCUGUCCAUCAUAGUUAGGGAUACUUACGAUCACGUUCACUGUCACGGCAAGAACUGACGCGUUAGUUUUCUAGUUGAUUUACUGUUAAAUUUUACACGUAAAAUUUAUAAAACAAAUGCUAUCUAUUUUAUUUAAAACACCUAUAAAAUCAACAAAAAAAAACUUUAAAACAACAACCAAGCCGUGUCUAUUUUAAUCGCUGUCCGUUGAAGAACACCAAAGAGAGAGAUGAAUACCAGAUCUAGAACGAAAUCGCAAUGAUAAUGAGAAUGUGAUGAUGUAGGGAGGACGAAAACGAAGAUGAUGAUGAAGAUGAAGAUGAUGUUGUUGGGUAAACAGGCUGGAUUUGUUAGGCCUGCACCCAUGAGUUGAAUUUGAAUUUGAAUAUGAAUAUGAAUUUUUAAACGAGUUUUGUGAGUUUUGAUGUUCUAUUUUCGUUCGUUAAAUCUCGCAGGACCUGGAGAGAGAGAGGCAAACCUAUAGCAAACUAUUGUUAAGGACAUUUAACUGAGAGCCAAUUAUUUAUAUCCUUCUAUAUACACAAUAUUUAUCGUUAUGCAUAUCUAUCGUUCGUUACUCAAUUUCAAUUUCAAUAUUAAUUAUGAUUAUCAGUUAUGAGUUAUCAAUAUUAUUGCAAGUUAUCGAGAGUUAGGCUAAUAACAGAGAAACAUUAAGUUCAUUCACUCAAAUUGUUUAAUGCGAAUUUACAUAACUUAAUCACCACCACCACAACCACAACCACAACCACAACUUUCUGCUUAUGAACUAUCAGCGUUAUAAACCACCCAAAACAAACAGAACAACAACCCAAUAUGAUAUCUGAAAUAUGAAGAAACGAUCAAACAACCAACCCAGUGUUUCUAGUUAAUGCGUUUCGAAACUUCGAGGAGGAUCCUCUUUUCCCCCCGGGGUGAUAUUUGGUGAUGGGGGGGUGGAUGAUUUUAGUUUGAUUAAGGUACCCAGAACCACUAGUACCCAGGCUGAUCGGAAAAAGCCACACAUUAUAUACUAUGUACUUACACUAACUACUCAACACGAGCACACACCAUACACCAUACACCAUACACACCAAUUCAUUUCAAAAUGCAACAUGCCACAAGUUGUUAAAUGCGAAUCGAAUCUUUACUUCAGUAUAAAUUAAGCUAUACACGGCAAGAUGAAAAAAUUCUAAAAAGUUUUUAACCCGGUCAGAAAUAUUAACAAAAAAAAAAAAAGAAAGAAACUGUUAAAAAAAGAAUAGAAAACAAGUAACUGUUUUUAUACAACAUACCUAGAUGAUGAUACGAUGACGAAGUCUUGGAAUAAAGCAUAAGCGAGUCGUCUUGAAAAAACAACAACUAAGCAAUUGCAGUUUGACUUUCUCAGGGAAGGGGUUUGAAGUUUGGAGCUUGGGCUAUUGUACAUACAUACAUACAUACAUACAUAUAUGUGACUCAGCUGAGCCGUGCCGGAAACCAGUUACAGGUCAAAACAAAACCACCGAUAAAGCUGGGGAGCCAACAAAGCGGAGCGCAGUGGCAAACUCCCCACACUUGGCCAAGUCGAUGGCCAAAGCCGAAACCUUCGUGCGACCAGUUUCCAGUCGAGUUUCGAGGCGCACGCAUGCGCACUACGAUGUGAAAGUCAGCCACGAUUGCCACAUCCGAUUGAAAAUUACUUUUGCAAGUAAUCUGGUUAUUGCGGAAGGGAAAACCAGAACUAUGGAUCAAGCGGGACACAUUUUGUGGUUCACGGCGGCCUGUUGGAUUGCAUCAUCUAUAAGUGCCGCUGAUGCACAGCAUCUGAUCGCGUAUAUCUCGCAAAGUGGUCUGCAUGGAGAGAUUACUUUUCGGCAAGUGAAUGCUACCACGGUGGAAAUCAAGGCUAAUCUGGAGGCCACGCUGCAGUAUCCCGAUCAAGUGUGGAGUUGGGGAGUGCGCCGAUUCCCAGUGGAUUACACAAAUAUCGAUCCCCAAGAUCGUUGCGAACUGAGUCGGCUGGGCUCCCAGGUUGUAAGCUUCGAUGAGGAUCUGGAGUAUCUGGUGCUCCCCGGAAAUGAAACGUCCACGUGGGAGCGCAAUAUGCAGCUGAUUGGAGAUCGUGGAAUAUGGGGCAAGUCCUUAGUGCUGACGGAGAUUAACUCAAAUGCGCGGAUUUGCGCCACCAUAACCACCAUUCAAAGUUCCGUAGAGCAUAUGGCGGAGGCGCGUUUCAACACACCCAUUGCCGGAUCCGUUCACUUCCGUUGGUUGGCUCCGGCAGAGGGAGCUGUUGGGGAUACGUUAAUUUACUCCGAUCUGUACCACAUUAGGGAGCAACCACCGGCUUUGGGGGACGAUAAAAGUAAAGCGGCAUCUUUUACCCAGCAUCACUGGAAGAUCUAUGUGACUGAUAUCUUUAAGCAUGAUCACCAUCGCACCGAGGAUAACUGCAACUUUCUGCAGCUGGUUUUUGAUCCUCAAGGUGGUGGAGCAGGAAAUGGAAUUGGUGAUCUAGAUGCUCGUCUUGGAAGGAUUGGGGUGGCCAAGAAUGCUCUUCGUUCGCCCCAGCGCAGUGUUUUUAGAGAUGCUCAGCUGGCUCUGUUGCCCUCGGAUCUCACUAUUCCGCACAGGACCCUCUACCUGGUGCUUUUCGAUAACCAGCAUCCGGAUUCUUACCUGGCAUGCACUAAGAUUCGUCAUGUCCAACCGCUGACCUACAAAACUUUCAUCAACUCCGGGGGAGUCAAGGGAGAAGUAACCUUCAUGCAGCGCUCCAAAUUCGACCCAACUUUCCUCAAUUUCACCUUGGGUGCACCGCUUUCUCAGCAUGUGAGUCGCAAGUUUGCCGAAGACGUGGCCGCCUUUCGGAUUCACAGUCUGCCGCCAGUACCACAAAGGAUGGGUCACGAGGACUAUUGUUUCACCACUGGGGAGAUGCACAAUCCUCGUGAGAUAAGCGACAAUAUUCCGCCUCCCGGUUAUGGAACCCAGGAGCAGUAUCCCUUGGGCGAUCUCUCUGGAAAACUGCAGGGACGCAAUAAGGAUUACUGGCAUCAGUAUGUCCUUCCUGGAACGAGUUCGGAGUUGAAUGGCCUCUACUGGGAUGUCUUCCUGCCACUUCAAGGACGUCAUAGCAUAUAUCAGAGGAGUCUGGUCAUAUACACCUUCAACAGAACUGAUGUCUCUAACAUUACGAAGAAUAUAUGGGGCUGUUCCAGCCUGGGGCAAUAUCAGAAAAAUGGCAUCUAUCAGCAGAAUAUGGUUACGGCUCAGGUUCUUUUCCGCUAUCCGGUGGUGGGUCGUGUGAUCUUCCGACAGCCGGCGGAGCAGCCUUGGCAGGACACCUCUGUGUUGUUUGAGUACCUUAUCCAAGCGGAUGGUUCCACCCAGAAUACCACGUAUGAGCACCGCUGGGCCAUACACAGCAAUGCGCCUGGAAAGGACUUUUACGAUUGGCAGCAGCGUUGCAUUUCCGCAGGACCAGUCUAUAAUCCCUACCGAGUGGAUUGGGGCAAUCGUAGUGUGGAUGACUUCUGCCAACCCAAUUUACCCUCCAUGUGCCGAAUGGGAGCCAUGGAUGCGAGAUCGGGCAGACUCACCAUCGCUGGGGGCAGAAGGGUUGCCCAGAAAAUCAGCAGGAGGAUGUUUGUAGACGGUAAUCUACCACUAUCUGGUCGGCAUGGCAUCCUGGGGAAAUCCCUAGUGAUAUAUGAGGAUAGUGGUCCGAAAGCCAGGGGCGAACGAUUGGCCUGCUCCGCGGUCAUCGGACAUUUCCGCCGGAAAGUGGUGGCCAAGGAGUGGUAUGCCAACGGAGAUCCUUUAACUGUGAGUGGUCGAGUGGAAAUCACCCAGCAAUCGGAGUACGAUAUCACCAAUGUGGAGGUGCAACUUAAGGGACUGCAGGACAACACAGGCUAUCAUAUUCACAGGACCCCUGUGGAAGCCAAUCUGGCUUUUCCCUGCGAGGCCUCCACUUUGUAUGGCCACUGGAAUCCUUUCGAUGUCAGUCCAAAGUCAUCACCACCUCCUAGAAGGGGCACCACCGACCAGUACGAGAUGGGAGAUUUAAGUGGAAAAUUUGGAGGCCUUGAAGGGGUCACUCAGUUCGAGGAUGCCUACAACGAUACGAAUCUUCCGCUCUUUGGCUACAACAGCAUUAUUGGUCGAUCUGUGGUUAUCCAGAAGAAACAAAAGAACGCGAGAUGGGCCUGCAGUACCCUAGAGCGUGGCUAUAGUCCCAGUGAGGCCAGGGAGCUCAGAGCCAUUGCCUCUUUCCAUCAUCCUACGGGCUAUGCCUAUGGUUACAUUAAGAUGACGCAGCUGAUCCACAAUGAUGGCAGCCAAUCGGAGACGGUGAUCGAGGUAAAACUACGGCAUCCGGGAAAAAACGAUAGGAACUCUACGAGGGACCACAAUUGGCAGAUCUUCGUCAAUCCCGUGGGCGUGGAUGCAGCCGUAAAGCCCACAAUCACACGUUGUGUGGCUGGCGGAUACGUCUGGAAUCCGUACUACACACAGCUGGCAGAUCCUCUUAAUCUGGAUCUGUAUGAGCAGGAGUGCAGUCCAGAUAAUCCUUUGCGCUGCUACGUGGGCGAUGUGGGCGCUCGUUUGGGCACUAUAGACCUCGGAGGGCAACGCGUAGUCCUAACCGACUCCAACUUUCCCUUGGAAGCUCCUGUAGGAGCCAUUGGACGAUCCAUUGUCAUAUUUGGACCCGAUCACUCCCACGAGCGCUUUGCCUGUGCAAAUAUAGAACCCGAUCACAAUGUAAUUAAGUACAUUAACCUGCAAAAACCACCCCGCUUCGUGGUUGCCCAGUUUCUGGAGGAAUUGCGAUCCGUUAUGGGAAUCCCAGAGUGGAUGUUGGAUGUAGACGCCCGUAAGACCAAGGAACUGCAUGGCGGCGCCUGCAUCCAGAUGAUUAUCCAUUUCAAGGGACCACUGGCCCAUCGCCUGGAGUUGGAUAUGUCCCGAUUGAUAGCCGCUGGGAGAUUGGAUGCCCCCAGUCUAUUUAUUCCAGGUUAUGUGAACCAAAAGCGAAAGGCCACCAUUUCAUAUCGCACCUGUGGAGUUAGGGAUACCAAUGAGAAGCGUACCAAAAACAUCAGGGGUGGUUUUUAUUCCACAAGCUCAGCUCCAACCGAACCAAAGCCUUUCAUUUUAUCUUUCGUAGUCAUCGGCUUAGCCCUUAGGUUCCUAUAAAUUGUAAAUAUAAUAUAGUGUUUUAUUGAAAAAUCUGUUUGUAUAUUUUUGUUCUAAAAAACUUAUAUCGAUUUUAAAUGGUUUUAGUCACUAGCUUAGCAUCUAGAUGUUUGUAAAAUUGAGGGCUUAAGCUCAAUGAACAUUAAUUUAAUAAUUCAUGUAAAUAUUCCAUUAAAAAUUGUCUAUAAUCUGUACAGUAAUUAUUAUUGCAAUAUUUUUAAUUAAAUUAUAUUCCUGGCUCCCAAA